UUCAUCAAGGGUUGGGAAGUGUUUUUUCUUAAUAAAAUGUACAAUAAAUCGUGUUCAUUAUUGUGUGUGCUGUUCGCAAUACAGUUUACAGCAUUUGCACAGCCAUUAGAAGAUGACAAGGAUACACAAGAAGUAGUCGAUAUUAAGCCGCCAAAAGAGCAAAGCAUAAUAUCGGAUACACCAGGUGUGCAGGAGUUCAAAAAAGACAUAGUGAGUCACUUAAUAGCAAGCCUUGGGGACGAGAAAGGAGACGAAACUGGUGUAUACCGUGGGCAAUUGUCUUCAGCAGAGGUAAAUUUGCCCUGCUUGCCAAAUGAUGCUGUUAGAAUACAUGUGCUUAGAAGCAAUUUUCGGUUGCCAGAGCGCCUUUUCCAUGCACCAAAGAGAUGCUCGGAGGAAGAGAAAAAAGAAGCUUAAAAAUUUAUAUAUUUGUAUUUUUUUUUUUCAUAUUUUGACUUUAGUAUUGUGAAUUAUUAGCAAGGUCUUUUUUAAGUAUAAAGGAAUAAAAUAAACAAACUAUUUAGUAGUCGAAAAAGUA